AUGAGCGCGCCGGCCGAUGCUACGAACAUCGACCCGGCGUCGGUCGUCGCCGUGCUCCUGGGCACGUUCUCGCCCGUGGCGGAGACGCGCAAGGCCGCGGAGCUGCAGAUCGCGCAGCUCACGGCGAUGCGCGGGUCCAUCUUCGUGCUGCUGCGCGUGAGCGCGGAGCAGGGCGUCCAGUUCGAGGCGCGCCAGGCCGCGGCCAUCGCCGUGAAGAAUCUCGUGAAGAAGCGCUGGGGCGACGACGCGGUCUUCGGCGGCGCCGAGGACCGGUCGCGCGCGCGCGCGACCGCGCUCGACGCGCUGCUCCUGCCGUCGACGACGGGCGCCAUCCGCGAGCAGCUCGCGGAGUGCGUCAACGAGCUCGCGCUGCGCGACUUCCCGGACCGCUGGCCCGAGCUCGUGCCGCGCGUCAUGGCCGCGCUGCGCGCGCAGGCCGACGCCGCGUCCGUGCACAACGCGCUCCUCGCGCUGCGCAAGGUGUCGAAGCGCUUCGAGUACAAGAGCCGCGAGGACGGCGCGCGGCUGCCGCUGGACGCCCUCAUCGGCGAGAGCUUCCCGUUAUUAAGGGACAUGCUCGCGCGCUUCGUGCCCGCGUCCGGCGCGCACGCGGACGCGGCGAUCCUCGCCAAGCUCAUCCUCAAGAUCUUCUGGAGCUGCACGCAGUUCGCCCUGCCCAACUGCGCGCUGCGGGACCACGCCUUCAUCCUCGACUGGUUCGACUUGGUGAAGGCGGCGUUGGAGUGCGACUCUCCCUCGCCCGAGGCCGCGCGCGGCGCGCUGCCCGCGGGCGACGCCCAGGCCCUGGAGGCGCUGCCCCAGUGGAAGCUCAAGAAGUGGGCCGCGCAGAUCGCGACGCGCUUCCUCACGCGCUACGCGCGCGCCAAGUACGUCGACGACGCCGUCAAGCCCUUCGCGCGCGUCUUCGCGCGCGACGUCGCGCCCAAGUGCCUCGAGUCCAUGCUCGGCCUCCUCGCCGCGGCGUCGCGGGGGCGCUACGUGUCCAAGCGCGUCGCCCAGCUCGCCUUCAGCUUCCUCGACGCGGCCGUCGACAUCGGCGGCCUCUACAAACUCCUCAAACCGCACCUCGACUUCGUGCUCUUCGAGUGCGCGCUGCCGACCCUCGAAGCGACGCUCGAGGACGUGGACCAGUUCGAGAGCGACCCGGGCGAGUUCGUGCGCAAGAGCCACGACCCCAUGGAGGACUUCUUCGAGCCGCGCGCGGCGGCGAUGUCGCUGCUCUCCGAUUUGGUGCGGUCGCGGUCCAAGGACGUGCUCGAGAAGCUGUUGACCAGGCUCUCGCAGACCCUGGAAGCCUACGCGGCUUUAGCACCCGCGGCCGUGACCCUGGACUGGGCGCGCGCGAAAGACGGCGCGCUCGGCGCGCUCGGCGCGCUGAGCGAGGAUUUGAAGCCCCGCAAGGCGCUGGCCGCCGCCGUCGACCGCCUCUUGGAGGUCCACGUGCUCCCGGAGAUCGUCGCCGUGGCCGGCGCGCCGGCGCACUGCGGCAGUUUCGGCUUCCUGCGGAGCCGGGCCGUCUGGGUCGUCAUGCGCUUCGCGGACCACGCGGAAACGUUGUCCCCCGCGCGCGUCGAGCAGUGCUGCGGCUCCGUGCUGCGCGCCCUGGAAGACGCGGCGCUGCCCGUGCGCGUCGAGGCCGCGUCGGCGCUGCGCCAGCUGCUGGCGAACGAGCACGCGAUCAUCGAGCGUCUGUUCAAGCCGCAGCUGCCGAACAUCCUCGAGGCGUGCUUCCGCAUCAUGGCCGACGUGGGCAGCGACGACGUGGUGCAGGCUCUCGAGAUCGUCAUCGACAAGUUCGGCGACGCCAUCGCGCCCUACGCCGUCGCGCUCGCGGCGAAACUCGCGGACGCGUUCGCCAACUACGCGUCGCACGCGGACGACGACGACGAGGCGUCCAUGGCCGCGGCCCAGUGCGUCGAGGCCAUGGCGGCGCUGCUGAGCGCUCUGGACGACAACGCGGGCAACAUCUACGGCGCCAUCGAGCCCCACCUCGUCGGGCCCCUGGCGAAGAUCUUCCGGAAGGACGGCGACUUCGUGGAGUACUUCGAGAACGGCAUCGAGGUGCUGUCCUACCUGACCUACCACGGCGACGCGCCCUUCUCGGCGCCCCUCUGGUCCCUCUUCGAGAUGCUCAUCGACGCCUUCCACCAGUGGGCCUACGACUACCUCCCGGACCUCGUCGCGCCGCUCGACAACUUCGUGUCGCGCGACCCGGAGGCCUUUUUGCGCGGCGCGACGGCGGGGGGGCAGCGCCUCGUGGACGCCCUCGCGGGCGUCGCCGCGCGCCUGCUGGCGCCGGAGCACCAGCGGCGCGCGUGCGAGCGCGACUGCGUCAAGGCGACGCACGUGCUUCUUUCCAUAUUCCACAACUGCCGCGGCCGCGUCGACGACGUCGCGCUGGGCACGCUGCCGCUCCUCGCCGCGGCCUUCGAGUGCGCCGACGGCCCGCCGCCGGCCGAGGAGAUCCGGGGCCGCGAGGCCGCGGGCAACGUCGGCGACGACGCGCACCGCGUCGUCUACCGGAAGUCGCUCGCGCUGGCGCUCCUCGACGUGCUCAACUCGCUGCUCUUCUACGACCCGCGGCUCGUGCUCGACGGCCUCUUCGACGCGAACCGCGUGCCCCCGCGCGCGGCGGAGCUGCUGCUGACGAAGUGGCUCGCGUACGCGGCCGACGUCAAAACGAACUUGGGCAAGAAGCUCGCGGCGCUCGGCUUCGCGGCCGUGCUGGCCAUGGAGCCGCCCCACGGCGCCGUCGCCGCGGCGCUGCCCCGCGUGUUCGCCGCCAACGUCGCGGCGCUCCUCGCGAUCCAGAGCGAUUCGCGCGACGACGUCGACGACGGCGACGACGACGACGACGACGCGUUCGACGACGUCGACGACGACGACGACGAGCCCGAGGACGCCGACGACGACGACGACGACGACGACGUGCCGGACAACAUCGGCGAGAACUACGGCAACGAGCUCUCGGCGAUCCGCGGCGCGCUCGCGUCCUUUGCGGACGCGGACGACUGGGACGACGACGACGACGACGCCGAGGGCUACUACACGUCGCCCAUCGACCACGAGGAGGAAUUGCUCCACUUCCUCCGGGCGCUGCAGGUCGCCCAGGGCCGCGGCGACGCGGAGCGGUGGGCCGCGGGGCUGGGCGACGAGCAGCGCGGCCACCUGCCCGCGCUCGUCCAGGCCGCGGAGGAGAAGGCCCACCAGGCGGCGCUCCCGACGCCCCCGUCGUAA